CGCUACUGGAGGCCUUGGUGUUACAGAUUGUCAGUCUUCCCUCCGGCCGAAGGAAAAUCUAAUGCAUGGUGAAGUACUUCCCGGAGAGGGGGUCCUCGGGGCUGUAGAGUCCUUCGGAAAGGGCUCUUGCAGGUGAACCCGGCCUCGCCAACGGAGUGGGUGGAGUGCAGCCUUCAGCUCUCGCUGGAGGCAAGGAAAACUCAGUGGAGCCGGUGUAACUGAGGCACGGCCGUGGGUGGCCCCCAGACGGGUCCUUCGACCCAGGACGUGGGUACGUAGGGGAGCCCUUGCAACCUCGUUUCUUUGACCCACGUGCAGAUCCAGGCUGGAGAAGGGACUGCGAGCGCACGGAGUUCUCAGCCCCUAUUUCAGUCUAUCGCGGUGUAUACAUUAAUGUGAGGUGAUUCCUAAUCUACUGGGAACCCGAGGCUGUAAAAGGGGCUGCAGGAAAUAAACUACAGUAUAAAAUAAAGAAGCAGAUAUUGAAGGUUUAACCACUGACGCAAUUCACAGAAUGUUUUAUGCAUUUAUGGACCAAAAGAUGGAGUUGGUUUUUAUUUUUAUAAAGAUAUUGUCAGUGAUUUGAUACAACUAUAAAUAUUUAAUUGAUGAAGAUUCGUGGACUUGUCACUAUGUUGGACUAGUCAUUUCUUAACGUUUCUUCAAUCACAAUUUCUAUUCGAACUUUCAAAAAUCAAAGAAUACUGGGUUAGAAUGGUAUAAUGAUUUAUUUUCUCUGAGGACUGCAAAUUUCAUAGAGACCACAGUUGGAUUCCAGAUAUAUUCUCCAAUCAAGGUGAUUCAUCCCUUUGAUAAAGUUAAUUUUGAAGAGUUUUGUGUUUAUGAACGACACCAAAAGAUGGGAGAAAAAAAUGGUGAUGCAAAGAGUUUCUGGAGGGAGCUGGAAGAUGAUGGAAAAGUGGACAUGAUAUUUGAUCAAGUGCAAAGUGUGCUGCAGUCACUGAAGCAAAAGAUCAAAGAUGGGUCUGCCACAAGUAAAGAAUACAUACAAGCAAUGGUUCUAGUGAAUGAAGCAACUAGAAGUAAUAAUUCAACACUGAUAAAGGAUCAUAACUCUGUGACGGAAAAUGAACAGGAAAACAAAUCAUACUCAUCGCUGUCUACAUCAUAUGAAGAAUCGUUUCCAGAAGACUGUACAGUUCUCACUACAAAAAAUAAGGAAUCUUCCCUUCUGGAAAAUAAAAUUGUGGACUUUAGAGAAGAAGACUCCUCUUUGAAUUUAUCUUACCAAAGUCAUGACUGCUCUGGUGCCUGUCUGAUGAAAAUGCCACUAACCUUCAAGGGAGAAAACCCUCUGCAGCUACCAAUUACAUGCCACUUCCAAAGACGACAUGCAAAGACAAAUUCUCAUUCUUCAGCACUCCAUGUGAGUUAUAAAACCCCUUGUGGAAGGAGUCUGCGAAACAUGGAGGAAGUUUUUCGUUACCUGCUUGAGACAGAGUGUAACUUUUUAUAUACAGAUAACUUUUCUUUCAAUACCUAUGUUCAGUUGACUCGGAAUUACCCAAAGCAAGAAGAAAUUGUUUCUGAUCUGGAUAUUAGCAAUGGAGUGGAAUUGGUGCCCAUUUCUUUCUGUAAUGAAAUUGACAAUAGAAAGCUUCCACACUUUAAGUACAGAAAGACUAUGUGGCCAAGAGCGUAUUAUCUAAGCAGCUUUUCCAACAUGUUUACUGAUUCAUGUGACUGCUCUGAGGGAUGCAUAGACAUAACAAAAUGUGCAUGUCUUCAAAUGACAGCAAGGAAUGCUGAGAUUUGCCCCAUAUCAAGAGAUAAAAUAACCAUUGGAUAUAAAUAUAAAAGACUACAGAGACACAUACCAACUGGCAUUUAUGAAUGUAGCUUAUUGUGCAAGUGUAGUAGACAAAUGUGUCAAAAUCGAGUUGUUCAGCAUGGACCUCAAGUGAGGCUACAGGUGUUCAAAACUGAGAAGAAGGGAUGGGGAGUACGCUGCCUGGAUGACAUUGACAGAGGGACAUUUGUUUGUACUUACUCAGGAAGAUUACUAAGCAGGUCUAACACUGAGAAACCUGAUGCUAUUGAUGAAAAUAGAAAAGAAGAAAAUACUAUGAAAAAUAUGUUUUCAAAAAAGAGGAAAAUAGAAGUUGCAGAUUGUGAGGUUGAAGUUAUUCCAUUAGAAUUGGAAACACAUCCUAGAAAUACUAAGACUGAAGAGUGUCCACUUAAGUUUAAUAAUAAUCCAAAAAAGCCUAUUACAGAUAUGAAAUGUAACAAUAUUUCAAGAAUUCGUUAUCAUUCGGCCAUUAGAACUCCAAAGGCCAAGAUAGCCAUUUUUCAACCUGAUGGGAAAAAAAUGGGAUUUUCUUCCUCAGAAUCUGUCACUUCCGAAGGUAAUGAUGGAUUUAAAUCAACUCAAGUACAUCUGACCUCUAAAGCCAAGGAUAUGGAAAGUGUCUUUCAGGUUGCAGAAAAGAUGGAAAAAAGGACAUGUGCACUUUGCCCGAAAGACCUUGAGUGUAGUGUCCUGUACUUUGCACGAUCAGAGAACAUAGCUGCUCACGAAAAUUGUUUGCUGUAUUCUUCAGCACUUGUGGAAUGUGAGGAUCAUGAUCCAUGUAAUUAUGAUAGAAGUUUUGAUGUGGAAGCAGUAAAGAAAGAAAUCUAUAGAGGAAGGAGGUUGAAAUGCACAUUUUGUGGUAAAAAAGGAGCUACCGUGGGAUGUGAUGAAAAAGCCUGUGCCAAGAAUUACCACUUUUUCUGUGCCAAGAAUGACCACGCAGUUCUACACACAGGAUCUGAAGGAAUUUAUAAAGUAUUUUGCCAACAACACGCUCCAUCGAGAGAAACUCAAUCUGAUCUGCUCUCAGUAAAGCCAUUACCUGGUGUCUUCCAUCCUCACUACAAUCAGAAGAUGACACCAAGACAAGCUAAUUUUUCAGGAGUAAAAAGAAAAAGAGGAAAGAAGAAAAAUCUCUCAACAAGCAUUCCUGUACAGUUACCUGAACCAGUGACAUUAAAUAAGUCCAUAAAACAAAUGAAAGAAGAGGAUGGCAGACACACAGAUGCAACUGUGAAAGCUGUUUUCCUUAAGAAAUGUAAGGAUGCAGGACUUCUUAAUGAUUUAUUUGAAGAAAUAUUAGACAAACUUCAUUUGAUUCAGGAAAGACUUAUGGAUGAAACUACUUCAGAAUCAGACUAUGAAGAAAUUGGGACUUCACUUUUUGACUGUAGAUUGUUUGAAGACACAUUUGUAAAUUUUCAAGCAGCAUUAGAGAAUAAAAUUCAUCAAUUUGAAGAAAAACGGCAGCAGAUGAAGGAAGAGAUUAAGCUACUUCAGGACUUAAAACAAACCUUGUGCUCUGUUCAAGAAAAUAGAGACCUUAGGUCAAGUUCUACUUCAAUAUCUUCUCUAUCUUCUUAAGAAUUAUCAUUUCCCAAGCGAGGAAUUGGGCACAGUUGCAAGCAGGCUGAAAACUGGAGACCAGGCAUGUGAAAGUCACACAUCUCUAGAACAAAGCCUCUCAUGUCUCUCUGGUCUGCAAACAUCAGUCCUCACUAGCUCUUACCUGUUUAUGCCUACCUAACUGGGUCCUUCUUACUAUCUCACUUCUCCUACCUCUGACAAAAUGUUUCUCAGACUCUACUUGAGUGAAUUGGAUCCCAUGUCUCCCACACUCCUCCCAUACACUGCCUCCUACCACUCUCCUGCUCCAGUGAUCUAAAUUGAUUCCAGUUAACACACCAUGUACUCCAGGGCCUUUUGCAAUCCUGCUGUGAAAUCUUAACUGCUCUUUAGCCUUUCUCCGACUGCUCCUUCUGCAGAUCUCAUUAUACCAGCUCU